AUGAAAGAGAUUUUAUCAAAGAAGAGAAAGAUGGAGGACUACGAAACUGUGGCAUUGAUAGAAGAGUGCAGUGCUAUUCUUCAAAGGAAGCUUCCACAGAAGUUGAGGGAUCCUAGAAGUUUCACAAUCCCAUACACAAUUGGUAACUUUGAGUGUAAGCACGCACUAUGUGAUUUGGGAGCGAGCAUCAAUCUCAUGCCUCUAUCAGUAUUCAAAAGACUUGGUUUGGGUGAGGCAAAGCCAACACUACAAUUAGCGGAUCAAUCAUUGGCUCAUCCGAGGAGGAUCAUAAAAGAUGUGUUAGUAAAGGUCGAUAAGUUCAUAUCUCCAGCAGAUUUUAUAGUUUUGGAUAUGGAGGAAGAUAUAAACGUGCCAAUUAUUCUUGGAAGGCCAUUUUUAGCAACUUGUAGGGCCUUAAUAGAUGUGCAAAAAGGCGAGUUGAAGUUGCGGGUGCAAAAAGAAGAGGUAACAUCUAAUGUUUUUGCAGAAACGGAGGUUCCAACUUGUUGUAGAGUUGAUGUGGUGGAAAGUAAGGGUGAUAAGCUGAAAUUUACUAAGAAGAAAUCUAUGGUUGAAUGUGGAAAGUGA